AUGAUACUUGCAGCGGCUAGUAUCAACGACCCAUCUUACGUCCCCACAGACUAUCAGACGUUCUUGCUAACCGUCUUUAUCAUGAUACUGCAUGCCAUUCUUUCCUCGAUGCCGACGCGCUGGCUCGCACAAUUCAAUUCUGCUGGUUCGACAUUCAACUUCAUCGCGCUCGUUGUCGUCAUCAUCAUGAUACCAGCCGGCACAGACCGCACAGAACGUGGCCUUCCUCGUUUUGCUCCUUCGAGCGAAGUUUGGGGCACGAUCUAUGAGGGAACAUCCUUUCCAGCCGGCAUCUCAGUUUUGAUGUCCUUUAUCGGCGUUAUCUGGACUAUGUCCGGCUACGAUUCACCGUUCCAUCUUGCGGAAGAAUGCUCUAAUGCGAACAUCGCUUCUCCGCGCGCUAUCGUCCUAACGUCGGCCACCGGGGGUAUAUUUGGCUGGUUCCUGCAGCUGGUUGUUGCAUACACUGUCGUUGAUAUCGACCUGGUCCUUGACUCGGAGCUUGGGCAGCCGUUCGCCGCGUACCUGAUGCAGUGUAUGUCGCAAAAGAUGACAUUGGCCAUCCUUGCCCUAACCAUCAUCGCGGGGUUCAGCAUGGGUCAAGGGUGUAUGAUUGCCGCAAGCCGAGUCACAUUCGCCUAUGCUCGUGAUGAUUGUUUCCCUCUGAGUAAGUACUGGAAGAGAGUCAACCGACAUACUCAAACGCCUGCAAACGCCGUGUGGUUUAACUGCGCAGUCGGUAUACUGUGCCUGCUGCUCAUCUUUGGUGGAGAGUUGGCAGUUGGAGCGCUGUUCUCGAUUGGCGCUAUUGCAGCUUUUGUGUAG